AUGGCUUCCUUUUUAUCUACAUCUGCUACGAGAAGUUCAAGACAAAAGGAUAAAAUUUAUUUAAUUGGUUUUGUGACCCACCAAAUUACUGGUGGCAAAUUACCAUCAAAUCGUCAAGUGUUACGUAGUUUGUUUUAUAACAUCCGUGAAGUAAAGCUGAAUAUAAAAGGUGCGGCUAGGUUAACGAUAAAAAAAGUUUUUAUUUUCUGGGAGAAAGCAAGGAUACAAACAAAACAUUUGAAAGACUCUGUUGCUAAGCUAGAAAAACUUCAUGAAGAAUGGAGAAAACUACAAAAAAAUUCUAACAGAACUGGACCAGCUCAGACAGAGAAAGAAAAACUUUUUAAGGCCAUACUUGAUGACCUAUUUGACAUAGCUCAUCAAGAUGCACUCCAGACUGCAACAGAGGAAGACAAAUUGUUUUUGCUUAAGCAGAGAGAAAAGGGGCGCCCAGGUGUCAUGGGAGGAGUUGAUUUACAGUGUGUAAAAGCUGAAGAGCGUUGUCAAAAAAGAAAUGCUUCGGAAAUGGCGAGGUUAACAAAAUUUAGGACAAGUUCAGAAUUAGAAGAGCUUAAAUCGUUAGGCAGCAGCACGUCAGAUGAAGAUGAAAUUGAAGAUAAUGAUCAACGCACAGAGAAGGUAGAUAUGGUGACACUAAAUUAUGGGCCUGAAAAAAAGAUGAAAAAAUACACUAGAGAAUUAGAAGGAGCAGUUGUACAUUGGGGUGGGAAAUUACUUCCAGAUAUGUUAAAUAAAGAAAAUGUUGAAAGAGUUGCAGUCUUAAUUAGCUGUGGAGAAGAAGAACAGUUAAUUGGAGUUCCCCUAUUAGAAAAUGGUGCUGGCAGUACGAUUGCAAAAUCUGUUUAUUCAGAACUUGGAAAGUGGGGUGCACUAGACAAGAUUCAAGCAAUGUCCUUUGACACAACUGCCGUGAAUACUGGCCGCAUUAAAGGCGCUUGCGUUUUAUUAGAGCAAUUGAUGGAGAAAAAAUUAUUGUAUCUUUCAUGUCGCCACCACAUUUUGGAGGUAGUGUUGAGAUCAGGUUUUGAUGCUGCAUUGGGAAAGACUACAGGCCCUCAAUCGGAUAUUUUCAAAAAAUUUAAAACUGAAUGGAACAGCAUUGAUAAAAAAAAAUUUAAAUCAGGAGUUAAAGAUAAAAGUGAAGCCAGCAAAUUGAUUAAUCCGGAUCAACUUUCAAGUUAUCUUCUAAAACAAUUAACAGUUCAUCAUUCAAGGAGCGAUUACAAAGAAUUGAUUAGUCUUUGUCUUAUAUUUUUAGAACGCUUUCCGUCAGAAAACAUCGUGUUUGCGGCUCCUGGUGCUUUUCAUCACGCAAGGUGGAUGGCGAAGGCGAUAUAUUCAUUGAAAAUAUACCUAUUUAGAGAACAGUUUCAACUGACAAAUUUUGAAUAG